CUAUCCUCCACUACUCGUCGGUAUUUUUCUCUUGUUUAUUACCUUUUUUUUUUUUUUUUGGCUUCGAAGAAGUAUUCAAUUCGUUUCAUGAUUUUAAACUGUUUCGGAAUCAAAUCGAAUCCAAAUCGGAAUCGGAAUCAGCUUCGGACUAAAAAUUUUCUAAUCGGAAUACUGAAUCAGUUCGGUUGGUGAAUUUUUGGCAAUCAAAAGCUACUUUUUCAGCUGCGAAUUGUCUCAGAAUUCACUCUCAGUUGCUGUCGAAAUCAGCUUCAGCUUAAUUUUUCUGGUCGGAGACAGAUCAUUGUCGUGUUCUUGAUUUAGUAGUUGAUUUCGAAAGCUAAAGCAAAGUUCGAGCUGGUUUCGAAUGUAAGAGUUUGUUUGAUUUUGAAGGUUGAAGAAUCUGGAGAGGGAGUUUUCAGAUCAGAGAUUGAACUGCUACUGAGCUCUUUCUUUACCUGAAUUCUUUGGUUUCUUCUUAUUCACUGAUUUCGCCUGUGCUGUUAAUCUACCAUGAUGAUUGAAAUAAGCUCUCUUUUGGCGAAAUCUGGCAUCUUGGCCUCUGAUCACACUUCAGUAGUUUCCAUGAACUUGUUUGUUGCGCUUCUUUGUGCCUGUAUUGUGAUUGGUCAUCUUUUGGAAGAGAGUAGAUGGAUGAACGAGUCAAUUACGGCCCUUGCCAUUGGGCUGUGCACUGGAGUUGUUAUUUUGCUUACAAGUGGAUGGAAAAGCUCUCAUUUAUUAGUAUUCAGUGAGGAUUUGUUCUUUAUAUAUCUGCUUCCACCUAUCAUCUUCAACGCAGGAUUCCAGGUGAAGAAGAAGCAGUUUUUCCGCAACUUUAUGACUAUCAUGAUGUUUGGUGCAGUUGGCACAUUGAUAUCCUUUAUCAUUGUCUCAUUAGGUGCAAUGCACUUUUUCAAGAAAAUGAAUAUUGGCACCCUAACAAUAGGGGAUUAUCUUGCAAUUGGGGCCAUAUUUUCUGCAACAGAUUCUGUUUGCACUCUGCAAGUGCUUAAUCAAGAUGAGACACCUUUAUUAUACAGUUUGGUGUUUGGGGAAGGUGUUGUGAAUGAUGCCACAUCAGUGGUGCUUUUUAAUGCAAUCCAGAGCUUUGACCUCUCUCAUUUAAACUCUGGAGUUGCUUUGCAAUUAGUUGGCAACUUUAUGUACUUAUUCAUUUCAAGUACUGUUCUUGGUGUAUUGGCUGGACUGCUUAGUGCAUACAUCAUCAAAAAGCUCUAUUUUGGAAGGUUGGUAUAUAAGCUCAAUGCUGAUGAAUUAUCCUUAUGCUUUCUUUUUAUGAAACUAGAUGGUGAUUAUAUCAAUUUCUAUUUAAACUAUGGGCACUCAACUGAUCGUGAGGUUGCUCUUAUGAUGCUAAUGGCUUAUCUGUCUUAUAUGCUGGCCGAACUAUUCUAUCUGAGUGCUAUUCUCACUGUAUUCUUCUGUGGAAUAGUUAUGUCUCAUUACACAUGGCAUAAUGUGACAGAAAGUUCAAGAGUGACAACUAAGCAUGCUUUCGCCACAUUGUCAUUUGUCGCAGAGAUAUUCAUCUUCCUUUAUGUUGGAAUGGAUGCUUUAGACAUUGAGAAGUGGAGGGUUGUAAGUGAUAGUCCAGGAAAAUCAGCUGUUGUGAGUUCAAUUCUGUUAGGACUCAUUCUUCUUGGAAGAGCAGCCUUUGUUUUCCCCCUGUCCUUCUUAUCGAACUUGACUAAGAAAUCUCCAUACGAUAAAGUUGAUUUGAAGCAACAAGUUACUGUUUGGUGGGCUGGUCUUAUGCGUGGUGCUGUUUCAAUGGCACUUGCUUAUAAUCAGUUCACCAGCAAAGGGCAUACUCAGCUGCGUGACAAUGCAUUAAUGAUCACCAGCACCAUCACGGUUGUACUUUUCAGCACUGUGGUAAGACACCAUAAGCCCCUGCAAUCAAGAACUCAGGAUUAGAUGCAUGAAUGCCUUAGUUUCACCCUCUUCUUUUCUUCUGCUUCUUUUCUAACUUGUAAUCAAACAUAUUACCAUCGAAUAUCUGAUGAAUCUGGAUCUCUUUAAUGUCUGUUCUUUCACUUUUUCCCUUCUUUUGGUCAAAGCACAAAAUCUGAUGUAUUUUGCUUGUCCCAAUUAUACAGGUUUUUGGGUUGAUGACCAAACCAUUAGUGAGGAUCCUGCUUCCUUCAUCAAAACAACUUAUCAGGAUGAUUUCUUCAGAACCAUCCACUCCUAAAUCACUCACUCUCCCACUUCUUAACAAUGAGCCAGAUUCAGAAGCUAACCACCAAGGCAACGGAAGUGUCCACCGCCCCACCAGCUUACGAAUGCUUUUGAGCACACCAUCUCACACUGUCCAUUACUACUGGAGAAAAUUCGACAAUGCUUUCAUGCGACCUGUAUUUGGUGGAAGGGGUUUUACACCCUAUGUUCCUGGCUCACCCACUGAACAAACUGAGGGUCAAUGGCAAUAAGAAUUGAAAAGGAAACAUGAAGAAGGGGAGGAUAUACAUAUAUUAAUUUAUGAAGGUGUAAGGAAAGCCUGCAACCUGCUUUCAGUGUGGAGUUUGUUGUUAAUAUUAUGAGCUUUGGCGUUGGCGUGGCAACUUCAAUUUUACCCAGCAACAAGUAGCUGCUAUUUUUUCCUUUUGAUGGCUCUCAAAUUUUCCAAAGUCUAUAUAUGAAAUUGUAUUGUAUCCCUUUAAAGUGGGUAGGAAAUAGGUUUGGUAUUAUUUAAAAAAUUUUGGCAUUUGUAUAAGGUUUUUCCAGUGUGUCCUAAUGUCAGAAUUUUGAUCAACCAAACGAUUCUUUCUGGAUUGUAUCCUCAUACGAGAAUUUUGAUUGACUAAAUGAUACUUUGUGGUGUCUGAAUUGACAUGGUAAUGGGAUGAAUUUUGC